CUGUGUUCAGUUGUCUGACAUCUACGGGUAAAUUUGGGCGCAAUUUUCCGAUCAAAGGAGACGGACGCUAAUUCAAAAUAAAAACAGUCUCAAUCAAGUAAAAGUGUUCCGUAUUGACUGAUUCGAUUUUCAGUGGCAAUAUGUCCAGCGCAGGCGGGAAAAUUGUUAUCCAGGUGGAAUCCUCGGCCGAACAAGAGGUAGAACAUCUGAAAACUUCUCGUAAAAUGUUAAAGGAGGUACAGAAUGUGACAGCCAUGAACAAGGAGAACGUGGUGAAAGCUGCUAAGCUGCCCGUUUUUCUGGCCCACAAAGAACUAACAAAGAAGCUGUUUCCCGAGCAGCUCGAUGGCCAAGAGCACAAACGCAAGAAGCUGGUACAGUCCCAGUCUAGUCAGACUUCUCCGGGAAAAUCACCCUCCGAAGCCAAGAAAUGCAUCACAGAGGAGGAUCUGACAUCGCUCGAAGGUCCCAGCCAGUACUAUUGGGAGGUGCUGGCGGAAAGACGUCGGGUGGCUCUGGAGGAAUCGCUCACCGAAAAUGCCCAGCUGUAUGACAAGGUCAACGAUUUGGAGGAGGAGCUGAAUACGUCCAAACAAAUGCUAGAGGAAGCUCGCAAUCUGGUGGAAGUUCUGACCGAGAUGCUACAGGAAAGUGAAGCCGAGGCCAGCGCUGGAGGAAGUGGCAAAGCGGCGACCGGACAGGUAGAUGAUAGUGGCAUUGUGCCAGAAUUGCCCAGCGAGGCGGAAGACGAUUUGUAAGCGGUGGAUUCGAUUGAAAGGAUGGAGUGAUCUUAUGGCGGCAUUAUUUUCUCUCAUUUUAUUGGUAAUAUAAACUUGCAGAGUUUAAAUCAUCCUUUGUGCUAAAGAUUUAAACUGAUUUUGUAAAUAAUUUCCGCCACAGUCUCAGUGGGAUCAACUUUGAACAUCAUUGAAGACGUUUUAUCUCAUCAUCGGACCUACACAAAAAGAUUUCGUUCAUUUUCAUGUUAUUAAAUAUUAAAAUAUCUCAUGACACAAAACUGCAAACUGUUCAUCAUAUGUAACCCAAUAGUUUGCAAUGUUUGAUUUUUUGUUGUGUAGAAGUCGUUGAAUUACCAUUAGAUUAUUUACGAUUGCGAUCGAAUAAUUGAAUUUGAAUCUUUUGUUAACGUAUCCAAAUAUAUGUAUGUGUGAAAAUUA